AUGUCAAAUUCGGCAUCCUCGCGCGGGAAUAGUCCCUACUCCACUCCUCGUUCAGGCACUCCGUCGAGCGUAAACCACAACGUAAAGCUCGCCCUCGGCUCUAGUAGACUUGGCCGAAGCCAGCUUGAAGCAGACUCCGACUCCGACGAUGAGAGCCGGACCAAUCGACCGGACGAGUUGAUCAACGGACUUUCUGGGGCAGGGUUCGUGGGGUCGAAGCGGGGCAAAUCGCGGGAGCAGAUGGUCAUCCCGCUUAUAAAGCAGAACGAGUGGCGGGGCCGGCCGGAUAUGGAGCGGACGCCGAGUACGGAAGGGCCGCGGACAACGACGAGGACGGUCACCCGGACUACAACGACAGUGACGAGCACGGCUGUUACCGCUGGCCCUGCAGCGUCAACUACCAUUUCGCAAACUACGACUGUAACAUCCGAAGGGUUAACGCCGAUGGAGAUCGCCGGCGAUGCAUCCCAAAUCUCACAGGCAGAAGAGUCACACGGCCCGAAAUUUGGUCUUCAAGUCAUGAAGAAGCGGAAAGUGGUCAGAACGACAGACUCAGUCGCUUCUUGUCAGUCAGGUGCAUCGACGCCAUUGACAGUGGGAGAAGAGGAACCUGCUGCCGCUGUGACGAUGACAGUGGAAGAGGAGGCCAUGGCAGCAGUGUUGAGAGAAGCGCAAGGCAUCGAAGCGGAGUGGACGCCGAGCAUAACGAGUCUCCCUAUUCUGGCGCAAAACUCCGUGCCCGGCCUAAACGACAUCGAAGAUGUUACUGAAAAGUACCGAUACGACGUCAGUUUGCGACCCGAGGAAUCGACGAUGGAGGACUACGAGCGAGUGCCCAUCGCAGAGUUCGGCCAGGCCCUCCUUCGCGGAAUGGGGUGGGAGAAAGGCAAAGCCGUCGGCAAAAACCCGGACGGCCUUAUCGAACCAAUAUCGUUGAAGUCGCGGCCACAUCUUCUCGGGUUAGGCGCGACGCCAGCACCGGAGCUGGAAAUCAAGCAGAAGAAGUACAUCAAGCCGGGGGAGAAACGACGUCCUGACCCGCUUGCUGAAGCAAAGUUGACACCGUCGGAAGAACUGCCGCGGUCUGCCAGAAGAGAGAAAAGGGAGCGAAGUCCUGAUCGUGAUGUAGCAUUGAGAGCUGGCGAUGUAGUGCGGAUAAACGAAGGACGCUAUGAAGGGCAGCAAGGUGUUAUCCAGGAGAUCAAAUCUCGAUCUUCGGGUACCGUCGUCAAAGUGGAGAUGGACGGCAGUCGAGAUAUCGCAAGAUGCUGGCUUCAAGACAUUCAACGCAUAUCACCGUCCUCGAAUGGUCACCGCUCCCAAUCGAAAUCGCAAAGCGUGUCGCGCGCAAGCUCCGCCGGGUCGUCGUCCGCGCGGUCAUGGCUGCGACCGCACGCUUUGGUGCGAGUCGUGAGCAAAUCCCUUGCCUCUGGCCGGCACUACAAUCAGAAGGGUGUCAUACAAGACGUCUUUACGGCCGGUGAAUGUGUCCUUCGACUGAACACCGGGGAUAUUGUUGAAGGCGUCAAGGACCGCCAUUUGGAAACCUGCCUUCCCAGCGUGGGCGGCACCGUGAUUGUAUUACAAUCAUCCGACGGCGAACUCGUGGGACAGCUAGGACGACUAAAGGAGAAAGAUUCCGAAAGCGAACGUGCGGUUGUGCAGAUGGACCAUAGCCUGGAGUAUCAUACUUUCACAUACGAUGAGAUUGCCGCUUACAUCGAGUAG